AUGACCUCAUCCAGUCAGGCAGCAUUGGUGAAAGAUUUUCAAAAAUGGCUGACAGAGACGAUGCACAUACCGGAGAAUAAUAAAUUCAACAUUCAUCUCAGACCAGACGACUGCAAAGUGUUUAUGUCUGAUAAAUAUAAGCAUAUCUGGCAGUACAUUGUUAGAAACAUCAGACCAGCCAAUGAAGUCAAGAAGAUCAAAGGAAAUUUGUUAAUAUCCUCGUCCAAUAAAAAUAAAGACACAAAAACCUUAGAUAAAAAUGUCUGCCAAUCAAAAAAGAGCACUUCCGGUGACGAUAAUUAUGAUGAUGAUGAUGAAAAAAUGCGUCACAUGACCAAAGAACUUGAUAAAAUUGAAAGAGAAAAUUCCGAAAUUGAUGAUUCUAUAGUGAUUCUGUGCAAAGAUAUUGAUAGGAUUAAAAAAGAAAUUAUAGAUCAACAAUUGAUAUGUAAUAAAAGAAAGACAGAAGUGAUUAAUCAGUCAAUCAUGAACAAAUUGAAUGAUGAAAUGAAGAAAUCAUUGGAAGAAAGAAAGGAUGGUUUGAAUGAACUAAUGAUGAUGGUGGAUGAAAGAAUUAAGAAGUUGGAUGAUGUUAGGAGAAAAUCUGAAGCCAAUGAGAAUAGUCCUAAAGCGAGAAGAAUCUACAAUGAUGAUAACGACGAUGAUAACAAGGUUAAGCACCUGACAACCUGUUGCGCAAUGGUUGAAGAUUACUAUCACAAAUCUUUCUUGAAAGCUGUCAAUCACAAUUGGUUGAGUCAGCAGUUAAAAAUAGAAGAUGAAGUCAAACUUUUAGUGGAGAAAUCUACACCCUAUCAAACCGUCUCACUGUUGGCUGAUUCAAUGGACCAAUCACAUCGCAGGCUCGGUCAGAUCUUGGCCAAUCAAAAGGAAAGCUUUGAACUUGAAAAACGUUCGGCCAUCUUGAAAGGUGCCAUCUUGAAAUUAGAAGGUCACGUGAAGAGGCUGACUAAGGAAAUUCAGGAAGGUCAAAAUAAACAGGAAAUGAUGGACAAAGAGAAAUUAUUUCUUAAUAUGAAAGCCAAUAGCUCAUUGUACAACCAAUCCAUCCUAUCGCACCAGAAUAAGAUAGUCAGUUAUGUAAGAAGAGAGCUGGUUGGUCAGUUUAAAUAUCCAACCUGCCAAUCACAGCGCUUGUUAUAUAAUGAAGCUGAACUCUUCAACUGGAUUGGACUUAAUAAAUAUAAGCUGAUUAACAAUGUUGCAAUGUUAUUUUUCAUUCUAAGUGCUGGCAACCAAUCAAAUGCGAGUAUUCACGAGUUGCUAAUUAAUGAGGCAUGGCCUUAUACGAAGGCAACCAAUGAUGUUUUAGAUAUUCUGGAAUUACCCAGUUAUAAAUCUUCUGAUGGCCUGCUACUCUUCAUAGCUGCGACCAUACUGGGUGUAGGCUUGGAUUCGUGCCAACACGCUCGCCUGCGCCAGUCCGGAUCCAUUGGCUUUGGGAGUUCAAUUCAUUCGCAACAAAUUUGUAGCCUGGUUGACGAGUUGAAAAAUUUGGGUGUAAAGCUAUCUAUUGCUGAAAAACAGCACAUUGAAACGUACCAGCCAAUGAUAGUCUCUCGGAUCAAUCAAUCUCAACAAGCAUUGGCUGCCUGUGCCCGAAUCAAUAGAAACCUCUCCGAUUGGUGGAUUCAGCCAGCCCAGCAUUUAGUUCCUUGGAUAUUAGUGGAUGAACUGAAUGUAAAAGGAUGGCUGGAUAGAUGGAAUGCAAUAAUAAAUAAAUUGAAACAGAAGAAGAAUAUUAAACCGAUCAAAUGA